GGAGUGUCCUAUUCUGUAGCCAAGAUGUGGCCAUCCGUGUCCAUCCUGUGUGUCCUGGUGGCCUUUGCCAAUGCUCGCAGCAUUCCUUACUACCCUCCCCUCUCCAGCGACUUGGUCAACCACAUAAACAAGCUCAACACCACCUGGAAGGCCGGGCACAAUUUCCACAACACUGACAUGAGCUAUGUGAAGAAGCUCUGCGGCACCUUCCUGGGUGGGCCCAAGCUCCCCGAGAGGGUAGAUUUUGCUGCAGACAUGGAUCUGCCCGAUAACUUUGACUCACGGACGCAGUGGCCUAACUGUCCCACCAUCAAUGAGAUAAGAGACCAGGGCUCUUGUGGCUCUUGCUGGGCUUUCGGUGCCGUAGAAGCAAUUUCGGACAGAAUCUGCGUUCAUACAAACGCCAAGGUGAGCGUGGAGGUCUCAGCAGAGGACUUGCUGUCGUGCUGUGGCUUCGAGUGCGGCAUGGGGUGCAACGGUGGUUACCCCUCCGGCGCGUGGAGGUACUGGACGGAGAGGGGCCUCGUGUCCGGGGGUCUCUACGAUUCCCAUGUGGGCUGCCGUCCCUACUCCAUCCCACCCUGCGAGCACCACGUCAAUGGCUCCCGGCCACCGUGCACCGGGGAGGGAGGGGAAACCCCCAGGUGCAGCCGGCACUGCGAACCUGGCUACUCGCCCUCGUACACGGAGGACAAGCACUACGGCAUCACAUCCUACAGUGUCCCUCGCAGUGAGAAGGAAAUCAUGGCUGAGAUCUACAAGAAUGGCCCAGUGGAAGGAGCCUUUAUUGUCUACGAGGACUUCCUGAUGUACAAGUCUGGGGUCUACCAGCACGUGUCCGGCGAGCAGGUUGGAGGCCACGCGAUCCGGAUCCUGGGCUGGGGGGUGGACAACGGCACUCCGUACUGGCUGGCCGCCAACUCCUGGAACACCGACUGGGGGGACAAUGGCUUCUUCAAAAUCCUCCGAGGAGCGGACCACUGCGGCAUCGAGUCCGAGAUCGUGGCCGGCAUCCCCAGCACGGAGCAGUACUGGAAGAGGGUGUAACCUUCUUGAUCAAACCACAAAUAAUCCUGAGUCCCUGAUGCUUUUAACUGAUAGCGGGUUGGGUGCAGAGCCCCCCUCCUCUAAGAGACUAUAGUUGAGGUUACUUUAUUAAAGCUUUUUAUCUUUU